AUGAAAACCGUUCUAGCAGCUAUUCUUCUGUGCGCAGUCGCCAUCCAAGCGAAGCCACACGGAAGACGACCAUGGGGACCACCACCAUGUGGACUUCCGCCAUUCCUCGAGGACCUUCCAGAAGACGCCCAGACGAAGAUCAACGAGAUCUGGAAGGACUGGAAGGAGGGAGACAAGUGCUAUGAGGAGCAAGGCCUUACUCGCGAGGUCAUUGACGAACUUCCAAAGGAUGUCCGCAAGAACCUUCACAAACGUCCACCACUUCCGUUCCUCAAGGGACAACCAAAAGAGAUCACCAGUCAGUUCGAAGCCAUUUUCAAGGACAAGUCGAUCAAAUGGUCCGACAAGCACGCCAAGAUCGAUGAACUUGCCCAAAAAGUUCUUAAAGGAGACGCUCUUAAUAAGUUCAACGAGUUCAAGAAGAAACGCGAGGAGGCCGAAAAGGAAUACAAGGCUAAGGAGGAGAAACUUUCCAAGGAAGCCAAAGAAGCUCACGAGAAGAUCGAGGCUCUUCAGAAACAGAAGUUUGAGAUUCUCUCCGGACUCACCGAUAAAGCCAAGGAAGAGCUCUUCGAUUUGUGGAAAAGCCGACCACAUCACCACGGACCCCCAAGACAUUAA